AUCCAAUGAGUCACGGGAUCUCUGAGCACUAGCCAGUUGAUUGACUUCUACUGGGUGGGAUCAAGCAAUUGGUUCUUAAAGUUUGAAGAAGAUGGUAGUCGAAAGCGCAAGUCUUUCGGAUCAGGGAAUUGAACUUAUGAGGGGCGAGGUGAUAAAACAAUCGAGAAAAUUCCUGGAUGAGUUUGAUUCGUUAUUGCUGCACAAAGAACUGUACCGUAGUUUAUUUUUGUACACUUUGGAAAGUGUUCGGGACGACGUGGUGAAGCUUUUGCAACGGUUCAUUUCCCUGCCAACGGAACCUUUUCAGCAUGGGGCGAUCGAGUGUUGUGGCAUUUCUUUCGAAGGAAAAAAAGAGUACACGAAUCACUAUCAACAUGUUCACAACCUGAAGGCUGUGCAGUCCGUGACACUUUGCGAGAUGAAGCUGGCUCUAGCAAAAAUUGCUAUUUUUCAACGAACUAUUCAUGGAUAUUUACGAGCAGGAAAUCUUUCAAGCUGUGAAAUGAUCUACUUUUUAAAGCAAGUUCUAAAGAAACUUAACAAUACUAUAGAUUUUUAGAGGCUUGCAGCCUUGUUAGUGGCAGUUAAAUAAAUAAAUACACAUUAACGAUACUGAAAACAUACACA